CCCUGCUGACCUGCUGCAGGCCUUGCUCAUCCCUGCUAACCUGCUGGCCCCGCUGGUACCUGCCCGGCUCGUGAGCCGCGCCGGCGCGCCAUGGAGCAGUGCCCGGACUCUCCGGUGCAGGCCGCCGCCAACGGGGGCGCCAAGAGCUCGCUCAAGGCGUGGCCCGGACCGUUGGCACCGCCGAGUCCGGCCGAGCGCUCGGCCAGCCCCGGCGGCACGCCGCAGGUCAGGUUCAAGAUCGCCGCCGCUGCGCCCGCCCGACCCAAGCGAGGUCGGCGCCGGACCGCCUCGUCCUCCUCCCACCUGAGCGACUCCACCUCGCCCGACGACGAGUGCGUGACGCUGGAGCGGCACGCGCCCGACGGCGGCUGGGGCUGGGUGGUGGUUGUGGCCGCCUUCACCAUCAACAUGAUCGCCGACGGCAUCUGCUUCUCCUUCGGCGUGUUCUUCGUGGAGUUUCUGCGCUAUUUCGGCGCCUCCAAAAGCACCACCUCCUGGCUGGGCAGCAUAUUCCUGGCGCUGCCGCUGCUGCUGGGACCGGUGGCCUCUUCGCUGGUGGACAGGUUCGGCUGUCGACGCACCACCGUGGCCGGUGCACUGCUGUCGGCGGCCGGCUUCAUGCUCAGCUACUUCGCAGACUCGAUGGAGCUGCUGUUCUUCACCUUCAGCGUGAUGCCCGGCAUCGGUCUGUCGCUGUGUUACGUCUCAGCCGUGGUGAUCGUGGCCUAUUACUUCGAGCGACGCCGCUCGCUGGCCACGGGCAUCAGCGUCUGCGGCACCGGCGUCGGCACCUUCCUGUUCCCGCCGCUGGUGGAGCUGCUGAUCCAGGAAUACGGGUGGCGGGGCGCGCUGCUGGUCCUGUCCGGCAUAUUUCUCAACAUCGCCGUUUGUGGCAUGCUGAUGCGUGACCUCGACUGGACAAAACACAAAAACAGGGAGCGCUCCAGCCAGUGUACGCUCUCGGCCGACGGCGACUCAGACAGCUUGCGGUCGGAGGCGGAGUCGCUGCCGGACAUCGAGCAGCUGCGCACCGCCCUCCACUCAGGUGACGUCAGCGCGCUGCUGGGCCGGCCGGUCAGCAGUGAGCAGCUGGAGCGGCUGCACAGCUCGGCUUUGCAGCUGCCCACCUGGCUGGCGGACGCCGACGCGCCGCCAGAGGUGUUGAAGACGAUCGAGACGAACCGGCGGCUACAUGAGCUGGUCUCCCGACUGUACCCGCACCUGCUGCUACCGGCCGGGGAGGAGGGCACUCUGCCAGAGAACGGGACCGGCCCGGGCGCGACGGUGCGGACCACCCGCAGCGUGCCGCACCAGCCGCACAGGGCGGCGCCGCGUCCGCUCUUCACGUGCGAGCCCGAGCCCCCGGCCGCCUGCCUGCGGAACAUGCGGCUCAGACGACAGUCGAUGACCUACCGUGGCGCCAUGCUGAAUAUUCAUCGGUACCGACUGCGGGCCUCCUCCUGCCCGGACAUCUACCGAAACUCCAUGAUCACCAUCCUGUCUGAGGAUGAGGACGAGGGCUGUUGGAGCUGCGUGCGGGACGUGCUGCGCGUGCUGCAGAAGAUGCUGGACGUCUCUUUCUUCCGAUUGCCGGCAUUCACGCUGUUUGCGCUCUCCAACUUCGUGUUGUACAUGUUCUACGACGUGCCGUACGUGUACCUGGCCGACCACGCCAUCAGUGGCGGCGCCACCGACGAAGAGGCCAGCGUCCUCAUCUCCGUCAUCGGCAUCAGCAACGUGGUCGGCGUGCCACGGAAGUGA